UUAUUGGAAAUUGUGCUUAAUUUUAUUGUAUGAAUUUCAUAAAUUAAUUACGAGUAGUCUGAUAGUUGUCUUUGUUUAGCCCAUUAAAAUGUUUAGACGAUAAAUUCAACAGUCAAAAGUGCAACCCCAAGUGGUGUAAAUAGUUUUUAUACAUACCGGUAACCUGUACCUAUACAACUUGUUAGAAUGUCCGAAACAUCUUGCUAUAUUCUGGACAAUGGAGCUUACUCUGCAAAAGUUGGCUUCUCGACCAUGGAGCCGAAAAUAGUCCCAAACUGUAUAAUGAAAGCUAAGUCAGAAAGACGACGUCCCUUUGUUGGAUCCCAAAUAGAAGAGUGCCGGGACGCUUCGGGUCUGUUCUACAUUCUGCCAUUCCAAAAGGGGUUUUUGAUUAACUGGGACACUCAAAAAACAGUUUGGGACUACAUGUUCAGUAAGGAAUGUUGUCCGGUCAACUUCAGUGAAACCCCACUUAUAAUAACCGAGCCACUCUUUAAUUUUUCAUCAAUUCAAGAAGCUAUGACCGAAAUCUUCUUUGAGGAAUAUGAGUGCCAAACUUUAUUGAGGAUAAACGCUACAGACUUAGCAGAUUAUCAUUAUAGAAAAACUCACAAUAAUAAUGAGUGCACAUUAGUAGUAGACACCGGCUAUAGUUUUACUUACAUUGUUCCUUAUAUAAAAGGAAAAAAAUACAAGGAAGGAAUACGGAGGAUAGAUGUAGGGGGAAAGGUUCUCACCAAUCAUUUGAAAGAGAUCAUAUCCUACCGCCAGCUGAAUGUCAUGGAGGAGAGUUACGUUAUAAACCAGGUGAAAGAGGAUUCAUGCUUUGUGUCACAAGAUUUUAUGGGGGACAUGAAUACUGCUAGGAAGAAAGGAUCAGAAAACACAAUAGUCAAGGACUAUGUGUUGCCAGACUACACAACCAUUCGCCGGGGAUACCUACGAGACGUGGUCAAACCUGACGAAGACUUGGAGCAGCAAACUCUCCGACUGAACAAUGAGAGGUUCUCCAUCCCAGAGCUGCUGUUCCAUCCGUCUGAUGUGGGAAUACCACAGAUGGGUAUACCAGAAGCUAUAAUACACUCGAUAGACUCGUGUCCAGAAGAAAAUAAGGAGAGUUUGUUAGAAAAUAUUGUGGUGUAUGGAGGCAACACAUUAUUUCCUGGAUUCAGAGAUAGAGUCUAUAAUGAAGUGAGAGCUCUGGCUUUGGAUCACUUUGAUGUGAAUGUUACACUUGGAGAAAACCCAUUGACCUAUGCUUGGGAGGGAGGAAAGCUUAUGUUCCGAGAUCCCGAAUUUUAUUCAUUCUGUGUCUCUAGGGAGGAAUAUGAGGAGGAGGGAAAGGCGUUAACUUUCGAAAGAUUUGAUAUAUAACGGCGGAAGCGAGCUAGGAAGUCCUCUGAAUAAACUUCCUGCUCGUAAAAAUUGUGUGAUUGAAAGACAAGUCGUUUUUGUAACAAAAUAAAUCUAUUGUGAAUAUUC